AUGUUACCAGAAAACACAAGCAUUCAGAGAGGGAGAGAGAUUAGGGUUAGGGUUUGCACUUUGCAGGAAACCCCAUUCUUCUUCUCUCCUGCAAACUAUAAAGCCCUAAGAAGAAACCCCAUUUUUAUUUUCUUUCUUAUCUCUCUCUGCAAACCAAAACGUUCCUGCUUUUCCCACCCAAUAAUGGCCUCAGAGAAGAACCCAGACCUCUCCCGCAAAGAGACUGAUUUCAACGACGAAAUGCAAGAGAUUGCCUUCGAUAAAAGAGGGUGUUGUUGUUUCUGGAUACCAUCCACUACCCUCUGGGAACGCAUAUCAACGGCGGAGAAAGAAGAGACCAGUUGGUGGGCCAAGAGUGUGAAUGCAUUGAAGAAAGUCAGAGAAUGGUCGGAGCUCGUCGCCGGUCCGAAAUGGAAGACAUUCAUACGCCAGUUCAACAAGAAUCGGGCGAAGCAGGGUAAAUUCCAGUACGAUCCUUUGAGUUAUUCUCUGAAUUUCGAUGAGGGUCCUGGGCAGAAUGGUCAUUUGGAAGAUGAUCGUGUCUUCCGAGAUUUCUCGUCGAGGUAUGCGUCGAUUCCGAUCUCGGCGAAGUCAUCGAUGGACUUGGGGAAGGACGGGCCGUCGUUCACGUGAUGGCCGUUCCUGGUUAAGUUAGGCUGCGGAGAGAAUUGCGGCGGAGGAAUUGCGAGAUUGUGGUGGUCGUCGACGACUCUGGUCUGGUGGUUGACUUUUUGGUUCGGUACUUUUUCUUUUAUUUUUAAUUAAAUUCAUUUAAUAAAUAUAAAUUGUCUAGCAUUUUUUGAGGGGAGAAAAUAGGGGUUGUAACUGUGUAUGGGAAAUAACAGAUUG